AUGGAUAAUUUGAAAUUUCAAUUAUUAUAUCCGGUUGGUUGCUUCAAACCACGUGAAGAAGUUGACAACAAGCCGCAACAGACUCCCGAGGGUUCCGAUGAUGAAAAUAAUGACAACUAUGAUCAGAAUCAUAAUUCUCAGUAUAAAGUUGAUGAAAACUUGGAUUCAGACAAAUUAAAUGAAGAAAAUGAACUUAUAGAGAACUAUGUUCAAUUUGAAUUCCCUCCUGUUGAGUAUUCCUCUGUAAAUUCGACCAAAUCUUUUACGAAGAAGAGUAACAUCAGAAAGCGCCCUGCCACUUAUGUGCCAUUUUUGAUAUUGGUCAUUGCAAUGUUCUCCUAUUUCGUUUGGUUUGCUUAUUUUCAAUAUGCAAAGUAUUAA